AUGGAUAAGGUAAACUUGGCUGCCCAAUCAACUGUCCACGUCCGCGCUGUUUCUCCCCAGAGCUUGGCCACAAAAUCCAGUAGUUCAAUGUUCCUAGAAAUUGAGAAAAGCCGUGUUGAUUCUUCAACUUAUGACAACUACCCUUGCCUCUCUGCCUUUUCUUCUUCCAACUUCUUCACCUUCAUCGUCGUCCUCGUCCUCGUCCUCUCCCACGACUCGACUCCAGACUCAAAACUCAAAUACACCUCGUACCUCGAUCCUAGUUCGAACCCAUGA